AUGAAUGAUAACAUUCACGACGACAAAAGAAAAAAAAUAAAAUAUUUAGAAAAUUACAGAAAUAUUAUGCAUAUACCGACUGUAACUGAAGCUCUAGAUAGGUCAUACUAUUCAGAACUAGAAUUAUUUGAAAGUAAAUAUUCCUCAUAUAAAACUACACGUCAUAAAAAACCGUAUUCGAUAGACAGUGUUGACGAUGAAGUAAUCCGGAAAUCAGAGAGUAAGAAACCUUCCCGCUUAAAAAUAGACAAUUAUAGAAGUAAAGUUGAAGAAAACUAUCGAGAACCAUCUGAAGAACUUUUUUAUGACAAAAGAACUUAUCCCAAGAAACAAACUAACAAAAAACUGUAUUUAACAAAAUCCAAUGAAUAUGCUGAAGAUUGGCAAGACUAUGAAACCACUGCUCAUCCUACUGAAAAGUAUGUAUUCAACGGACUUUAUUUUGCAGAUUCAGAAACAGGAAAGUUUGAAGAACCUGCUACAGAGUUAGCACAAAAUCGAAAAACUUUACCUUCUGAAAAAAAACCUUAUAAAGAUAAGAAGUCUAGCAAAAGUUAUUCUGUAGAACGUGAAAAAAAUACACAAACUUUUAACGAGCUUUUCAGUUACCGAAAAACUAUAUCAACAGAAAAUCAUUUUAGGAAAAGUGGGUUUGAAGAAAGAAAUAAGUUUGUCUCACCUAAAUCAGACAUUCCAAAUUAUAGAAAAACAAAGCCACCGAUAUACUUAAAAUCAAAUAAAUCUAGAGAAUUCUAUGCUACAGAUAGAGGGCACAGUGAAAAUAAUAUACAAAUAGAAUUAGUUCCGUUUCAAGAAGAUUCAAAUUUAGAGAAGUUUUAUAAUACAAGCGAUGAUCGUUCAACUAAAACUCCGUACAAAAUGACAAAUUAUAAGACUCCUUAUUUCAUAGAACUGGACGAGUUAAGAAGAGUUUAUUCUACAAAUAAACCGCAUCAGGGAAUAGUUUAUUCUACAAACAGACUACACCAGAGCGGAGUUUAUUCUACAAACACACCACACCAGAGCGAAGUUUAUUCUACUCAGAGACAACACCAGAUUCAAGUUUAUUCUACUCAGAGACGACACCAGGGCGAAGCUUAUUCUACUCAGAGACCACACCAAAGCGAAGUUUAUUCUACUUAUCGACCACACCAGGGCGAAGCUUAUUCUACUCAGAGACCACAUCAAAGCGAAGUUUAUUCUACUUAUCGACCACACCAGGGCGAAGCUUAUUCUACUCAGAGACCACAUCAAAGCGAAGUUUAUUCUACUUAUCGACCUCACCAGGGCGAAGUUUAUUCUACUCAGAGACCACAUCAAAGCGAAGUUUAUUCUACUUAUCGACCUCACCAGGGCGAAGUUUAUUCUACUUAUCGACCACACCAGGGCGAAGUUUAUUCUAAUGAUAAACCACACUAUGAAGGAGCUUACUCUACUAAUAGGCCGCAACAUGUAGCAGUGUAUCCUUCCCAUAGGCCAUAUCAUGGAGAAUCGUAUUCGAAUGUUAGAUUACACUUUGAAGGUGGUGAUUAUUCCUCCGAUAAGCCACACCCUGAAGAGGUUUCUUCAACCGAUCGACCACACUAUGAAGGAGCUUAUUCCACUAAUAGACCGCAUCACGAAAAAGGUUAUUCCACUGAUAAGCCAUUCAAUGAACCAUUUACCGAAUACCAAAAACCUUAUCCCAUGCAUAUGAAAGAUUAUGACGAAAACCCUUCUGAUAUAUUCCAAAGUUUUAAACCUGUUUCAUCAGCUGAUGUUCCUUUUCAUAUAAAUUUGUUGGAUCCCACUCCUACUAUUUCAGCGGAAAGCGACGCGCGCAGAUCAGGUUCUGGUCGGACAGCAAGCUACCCUUGUCCACCGUACGCAGAUCCGUGCUCGCUAUCAUCACGAACCUUAAAUAACUGGUAUGAACGGCGAAUUCCUCAAGUGGUAGGAAAGAAAAUAGAUGCCAUCGUACGUUACUGCAAAUGA